CAAGACAUACUGUCAAAACCAAAAAAAUCGAAGAAGAAGAAGAAAAAGCUCUUUUCAUUUUCCUUCAGCAUUAAUACUCCAAAAUACAAGUGCAGUUGACAGGCAAAAAAUACAGGAGUGAAUGCUCUGACGAAAAUGUCAGUAAAUGUCAAAGUGAUAUUGGAAGUUGACUCACCAGUGUUUUCCUGGAUGUGACGAGAAAAUUUUCCAUGAUAUCCGAUACGAGCUGGGGAAACCCGAGAAUAGCACCCGAUCCUCCGUGCUUUUAAUUAAAAAUCGUUAAGUAAAACUGAGGAUGAGGUUUAAUAAACAGGAAUUAAUGACACUGGCUACACAGCCGUCGCAAAAGUUUGACAAGGAGGGCACUUUGUGCAUACGUGAGCGUCAGGAGGGAUUCUUUCGUAGGACAGAGAGUACGGGUAAAAAAGUUGAGCGCAAAAGACAAAAAGGAAAAACCCAUAAGACUCUACGACAACUCAGUUGUGUUACAGCCGGCACAAGCAAAGUCAGCCUGGAGCGUUGGUGCAGAUUACGGGGAAAUCUCUUGUUCUACUUCAAAUCAAAGGAACAAUGGUCCGAGCCAAUGGGUGUAAUUAUCCUGGAACAAUGUAAUUUCCGGGUUGAACAGCCUACUAAUCAGAUUCCCUACGGAUUCAGCAUAGUGUUCGAUGGAGGCCUGUAUCAACAACUAGGCGCAAAUUCCUCGGACGAACGAGACAGUUGGCUGCAAGCCCUUCAAUUAGCGAGUUACGAAUGCAUGAGAAAUCAACUUCUAGCUCUGCGUGAAAGAAUAGAAGCAUCGAGCGGUCACAAGAAUGGCACAGACAUCCAAAUGGUGCGUCUACAACGGGGCAUAGUGGUAGAUCCAGCCGAAGUGCCAAUCUGCGAGGUCUCACUCUCCUGUGAUAAUCUUCUGUGCGACGGCCACGGUCGUCCACCGAAUCCAGUUCUCGAGAUCGACGUCCAGGCCUCUAAAUCCCGAACAUGGAUAAAAUACGCAAGAACUGAGGUGAUCGAGCGAAGUAGCAAUCCAGGUUUUCUCACAACCGUGAGCUUUCGAGGGAGCGAUGGUUUGAGUACAGACACUAGAGUAAGAAUAACGGCGUACGACGUUCGAGAGAGAGUUUCCCAGACGGCAACACCAAUUGGAAGUGCAGUUGUCACCUUCAGCGCUGUGCAGGACACCCCAAGACUGAGGAUCCCCUUGAAGAGCCCGAAAUCCACAACAGUAGGUUUUUUAACGAUCAACGUCUGGAGUCUUGAGGCCGAUGACAAGGGAAACAGCACCGAGAACACUCCCUCCAGAAACAUUCCCUCCUCCACAAACCAAAUGUUUUGCCACAGGAGAUCGCAGUCUCUGCCCCCCAGAUUGGGGACCAAAAUAAAACUCCCUCAUCAGGGUCAACUCAAGCAACUUUUUGCCAACACUCACGUCCAGACGUACAGAUUCCAUUCGGGUUUAGGUGGUGACAUUUGCGUCCACGAGAUCAUGGCAGAGAGCAGACUCUGCUUCCAGUUCCCUCAGCAGCUUCUCGGGGCAUUCAUCCAUGAGGAGAAGGAGCUUCUCCAGGAAGUGGCUGGAAUGGGUGAAUUGCGAGAGCCCUGGCACACGAAGCAAGUAGAACUCCUGGAUCGACAUCUCCAUCUUCUGCAUCUGUACUCCCAGGCGAAGGAGAAUCUCUCGGCUUUCAAGGCCAGUUACUUCAAGAGAUCGUCGAGGAAGAAUGACAGGAGCCUGGAGUUUGUACCUCUGAAUCUUCACCUCCAAAGGAUGUGGGUUCACAACGAUACUCUGAACAAAUGUGGCUUUUACGAUUUAGUGAGUGUGGGGGCGUUUACAGCGCACUCUCAUAAAAGUAAGAAUGGUGGAUUGAUUAGGCUUAUUCAGGAUCUCGAGGAGUCACCAACAAUAAAAAAUCAGUUGUAUCAGGGCACCUCGAAGAUCAUCAUGGCACGCGACGCUAUCAUAGAUAUCAAAGAGUUGAGAAGGGACGUCGUCGAGGCCAUGAGAUCACUCAUAAAAUUAGCCAAGGAAAAGCAAACCAGUGGAAUGCUAUCUAUCUGCGAUGAUAUGCUCUCAAAAACCAGACGACUCCUCAAACUCUGGGACCCGGGUCUCUUCGAAGAAGCUCUUACAUUCCUGGAGGAGCACAAAGUAGCGAAACUCCCCGAGGAAACUAAGAAUCCAAACGACGAAAGUUUAUCCCUAAGUUUUCAAUCAAAUCAGUCUCUAUCUCCCUUCAAACGUAUCACCCAACAGCUGAACUUUGAUCUCAAGAGUCCCGACUUCGAUGACCUCAUAACUCCGGACACCCCAGAGUGCAUUCAGGAUAUGUGGGCGAAGGAGUCAGUGAGGACCACGUACUCGGUGCAAAAAUCCCCGAACAAUUCCAAUGACACGGUUGAAGAGAACUUCGUUAUAUUUCCUGAAGUCGAGGAUGACAUGAAGGAUUCCAAGGAGACAAAAGACUCGGACAAAGACCAGGAGGAUCCAGACGAUCACAACAACGAGGACGAUGAGAAGGAGGAUGACUUGCGUGGAGAGCUAGACCUGAGCAAACGUUUCCUAGAUACACAGAAAAUGUGCAACUCCCCAUCGGCGAAUUACUACAAACCAACGGACGAGCCAGAGCCCUGGGAUCUCACCCAACUAAAUAUUGAAGCUAGUGUACUGUGUCUAAUAUCGAAAGUUAUGUUUCUCUGCGGUACGUGCAGAAGUCCUGCGGUUCGUUUGCGAGAUAAGGACGGCGUUACCAGAACUCAAACAUUGAGAAGUUGUUUGACUGAUCGUGGGGGCAGUGUAGUAACUAUUCAACCGAAGAAUGAUGUUAAGAAUGAUGAGUCUAGUAAAUUAUUGGAUAAUGGUAAUGGGGUCAAGGAGGAGGAGACGGGAUUUGCAAAGGCUAAGGAAGUGUGUCAAGCAGUUGAUAGCAUGACGAGGGUUAUAAAGAGUAAUUCUGGUCAGAGGAAUAAGUUCACUGAGGGACUGGAUUUUGCAUCGAUAGUCGAUUGGACGAGUGAGCUCAAACCCAGUAUGAAAAAACUCAGACAGACGAUGGAUGGAUUGCUCAAGACUGCUAGAUUGACCCAUUCGGUUUUUCGAGUGCAGGAGGACGCCAAGACCGCACAGAGGGUAUGCAACGUCAGAUACAGGCGUGAUGUCUGUUUCAGUCAGGUCCUCACUGCGGUGGUCACUGGAUUGAUGGCAAAGUUGUGGUGCCAGAGGCCUGAUCCCCUUUUUCUCUUCAUACUCACUACUCUGGGACCUCUCGUCUCCUUCGAGGGACUUCUCAGUUACUAUGGAGAGGAGAUCGACAUGUGGGGUGACAUGGCUGUUGCUGUUCAGGAUGUGGCAAAUGUUACCUUCACCUUGACCAGGUGUGGACUCUCUCACUCUGGCCUUGAUAAGGAUAACUCACAACUUCCUUUACCCAGAGUUAUCGGCCCCAGGGCCACUCUGACUGUUAUACUUCCUGUUCCUGAUGGAAUCUACUCGCUCUUACCACUCGCUCCUUCCUCAAGACAGACUAUCUCGUUUAAUGUUACUUCGGUGUUUUUUAAUGUGGGGAUCAAUGAACCUGCCUCGUUAGCAGAGAGCCUGGGUACCACCAAGCCACAGCAGAAGAGUAAUAAGGAUAAUUAUUUCAAACUGACUGAGUAUUACUUGAUGUUUACCGAUCUCAAUCUACCCAGUGCGAGCAAUAGCACCAAAUUGAGUGGUGGACGAUCGAAUGUAAAUCAGCCUCUUGCGCGUAUGAUGUUGGAUCUGAUGGGCAGUAUUCAUGCGAAAAUAUCCAAAAAUACUGAUAUCCUGCAGCUGUCCUCCGAAAUAUGCAGGCGCCUGAAAGGGCUGAGGUUUACCAGCUGCAAAAGUGCCAAAGACCGUACAGGAAUGUCGAUUACACUCGAGCAAGUUAAUAUUCUUGCUACCGAAUAUCAUUUGUCGGAGCAUGAGUUCAGCAGGGCUCUGGACUGCAUGCGCAGUGAGGGCUGUAGACGAGAGAAUACACUGAAGAACACGGGUAUAAAGAAAUACGCUUUCAACAGUCAGCAAAUUUUGACUCUACCAGAAUUGUAUAGACCACCAACCGGUACCUACGGAUCGGCACAAACUUAAAUUUAUACGAAUUUAUAAAUUAUUCUAAAAAAAAAAAAUUCAAUGCAAGGUAGGGAUUUGAAUAAGUUUUUAACUGAAAAAGUUUAAUCGGACUAAUAAGUCAAUAAUGAUUAAAGAAAUCCCCCACAACUACUAUUUCUCACACAAAUACUAGAACACAAAUAAAUAACCAAAGUGAAGACUUUGGUUUAGUGCCAUUAAUCUUUAUCGAAAUACAGAAUUACAUUUACAAUUACAAUUACAGAAAGGGUAAAACUAUUUGAUAAGUACCUAAAUCCCUUUUGUUAUGAAAAAUGUAAAAUCCUCGGUUUAUUUGUAGUUUCGCGUUAUUCUACGUGAAAGACCGUGGGAAAAUACGGAUUGAAAAUGAUGUACGUUGAUGUGUAGAGAACAAAUAUAUAUUGAGCGAAAAAAAUUAUUGUUUCGAGAAAAAAAUAGAAUAAAUAAAACAUUCGGUGCGUCCUAGACGUAUUCAUUACUAAAAACUA